UUUUUCCCGUCAUGCCCCACUGUAAAAGCAGUAUCCGUGGCAACAGCACAGGAAGUGGCGCGCAACAGUUCAAAAGCUGUCACAACAACAACAAAAAAGAGGAAUGCUAACACAAACGAACACCUUCAUUAUUUUGUUUUAGCAAAUAUUUAUUUUGCCGCUAUACUUCCUUGUUACUAAACAUGUCAUUUGCCAGAGUGGGGCGUUCACAACAACCGAAAGGAAGGGAGUCUGUUCGGCCAAAGAAGGCCAAAGCUCCGAAAAGAGACUGGGUGAGCACUGUCCAUGAUCUGUCUGUGCACAAGCUGACACCAGCUGAACUAACUCAUCGGCAUGAGCUUCACAAGUCUCGUAACAAAGCUGUAGCUCAGUGGGAACUUAAAGAAAAAGCCCUCAAACGUCGUGCCAAACAUGCCGGCAGCCCCGCGCCUCUGGAUCCAGCUAGCCUUAGUAUCAUCAGGGAGGUCUUCUCUGAUCAGCUGCUGCUGCAGGACGUACUGGCCCGUUCUGACAGGGCCAUGGCUGUGGUUAAAGACCUGUUUGGAGAUGCUCCACAGAGACAGAUGGGACACCCCAGUGUGACAAUGGCUCCAAAUUGUGAUUCUGACUCAGAAUUGCCUGUUCUGGAGAGGCCAGAUCCCCCAACCCACUUAUCUUUCCUCAGCCAAUCAAUGAUGGAUCAAGAGGCUCUCAAUGAACUUGAAGUUUCAAAGGAAAACUGCAGAGUUGAUGAUGCCUAUCCUUCACACAGUUCAGGCAGUCAUACGAUCCAAAGGGUAAAUAUGCAGAAAUUAAAGUCGCAGUCUAGAAGUGGAGUGUUGCAUCAGCAGAAAAUGCAUCAUCCCAACUUCCAUCCCGCAGACAGAUAUGAUGUUGCUGUGACUCCCUGCACAUCCCGAAAACCACCGAACCACAAUGCUCUCAAUGCCACAGUUGCCGUUCAGCGUGUUCGCUCCAAACAUUCUGAGGAAAACAAAGAGGAAACCUCAUCUCUGGUUUCUCAGGUUCUGAAUCCUGAACUGCUGCUCCGUCAAUCUGAAAGGAUUGGUAGCUGCACCCGGAAGGUCAGGAAAUGUGCUUCUCGUGGCUCUGAGUUGGACAGCUCUAAUGCUGCCUCUCUAAGAGCGGAGCAGUCCAGUCUGGGGAUGUUGCAGGAGAUGCUGGGGCAGGUGGAGGCAGACUUAGACGCCUUUUGUCCUCAAAUAGCAUCGGCUCAGAGCAUGAAGCAGCACAGAAACCAAGGCCUCACUGGAUUCUCUGUGGCCUUGGUCUCAACACUUGGACGAUUAGUCCACCUCCUCAAGCAGACGGGAGACGACACUCAGAAAGAGGCUGAGGAGAGACGAAGGCUCGAGGAAGAGCUGAAGGAGCAGCGAGGACUCAUCGAUGCUCUCACCGCAGAAACCAUGACUCUGAGAGAGGAGGCUGCUGCUGUCCACGCCGGGCUGCAGCAGCGUACAGCAGAGCUGGAGCAGAAGUUGGAUACUGUGGUGUUGGUGAUGGGAGGACUGGGACUGUCCCAGGCUUUUGUUCCAGGUAAAUCUGCUCCAGAUGCUGAGCGAGCUCCUACACAAACUCAGGCUUUUGUCUCUCCUGCUGUCCUGCUCUCCCCUCCUCGACAGGAAAAUAUCCUCCAGCAAAGCCCUGUUCCUCAUCCACUGCAGCUUCCUUCAGUCGAUUUCCCGCGUUCCCGUGAGGGCGAUCCGCCUCACGGUUCUCCUCCCGCCCCCUCUCUGUCAGACUCUCGCCGCUCGCACUUCUCUCCAGACUCUCUGCUGGAUGAGAUCACCCAACUGAAAAGAGAAAACGAGCUGAUCAGGACUCAGCUGAGUCAGGCUCAGAACCUCGGAUCAGGCGUCAGAGGGGCUCCUGUUAGAACCUCCACCGGCUCAGGAAGAGUGACACCUCAGAACAUCAGGGAGAAAAGAACAUCUGAGUCCAGCAGCACAAACAGGAGGAGUCAAGAUAAUGUUUGUCCUGAAAAAGAAUCACAACUUGAACAAACAAGAGCAGAGUUGGACGGUCAGAUAGCUUCAGAAACCCCUACGCAGGACACGUCUUUGGGCACCCUCAGUGUGGAACAGCGCCUCCUGGAGCUCAACAGGAAGAGUGCAGCAGCCAGGGAGCGACUGCUGGAGCUCAUUGAGCAACAGAAGCAAAGUGUUGCAGGAAGAGUUCUCCACUCGGACUCCCCCAUCCCUGCGUCUGCCUUUAGUCCAGAAACAGCAGCAGCUGGAUCUGGAAGCGUAGAGGUGGUGCCUGAGCGGGAGCUCCCGUCACGUGUUCGAGGAGAACGCUGGUCUGAUGCAUCGUCUCACAGAUUAGGUUUUGAAAUGGACAGAAAUGUACAGAUGGACAAGCAGAAGAAACGUGAAGGCUGGUUUGCUUUGUCUGCCCACAUGAGAUGAAAGGAGGAACGGAUCAUACACCGAUGAAAUCUGCUUUCAGUGUUUCAAUGAUCUAUUGUUAUUUUCAUUUACCUGAAAUAAAUAGUUUUUAAAUUAAAAAGAAAAGAAAAUGUG